CAGUUUCAGCUACUCGACGCUAUUGGCUGGAACUACAAUAACAUGGCGUCGCUGUGUGGCUCCUUUUAAAUUAAAAGUCCUGAUGAAAUUAAAAGGGUUAAACAACAUUAAUGCGUUAGAUUAAUAACAGUGUAUAGAAGAUGGGAAUAAUGACGUAAUGCUGCUACCCAUGAUGCUUAGCGUGGCCGAGCAGUAAGAUGGCGGACGCUAUGGCUGAGUAUGAGAGAGAUGCUGGAUGUGUUCCUGUGCUUCACCCUGAGGAGCUGAAGCCUCAGAGUCACUAUAAUCACGGAUACAGUGAAAACAUCAACCGUAAGAAUCAUGUGGAUGAUUAUAGCACCUGGGACAUUGUUAAAGCCACACAGUACGGGAUAUUCGAGCGAUGUCGUGAGCUGGUAGAAGCAGGGUACGAUGUUCGUCAGCCAGAUAAAGAAAACGUUACACUCUUGCACUGGGCUGCUAUUAACAACCGUGUUGACUUGGUGAAAUUUUACAUAUCGAAGGGUGCGAUUGUAGACCAGUUGGGAGGAGAUCUGAACUCCACCCCACUGCACUGGGCGACCAGGCAGGGCCACCUGUCUAUGGUGGUCCAGCUGAUGAAACAGGGCGCAGAUCCUUCUUUGAUUGACGGUGAGGGCUGUACCUGUGUCCACCUAGCAGCUCAGUUUGGCCACACCUCCAUUGUUGCUUAUCUCAUUGCCAAAGGACAGGAUGUUGAUAUGAUGGAUCAGAAUGGAAUGACUCCUCUGAUGUGGGCAGCGUAUCGUACACACAGUGUGGACCCAACACGUUUGUUGUUGACGUUUAAUGUUUCGGUGAAUCUGGGUGAUAAGUACCAUAAGAACACUGCACUGCACUGGGCAGUUCUGGCAGGAAACACAACUGUAAUCAGCCUGCUGUUGGAAGCUAACGCUAAUGUUGACUCACAGAACAUAAAGGGAGAGACAGCACUGGACUUGGCCAAACAAAGGAAAAACGUGUGGAUGAUAAACCAUUUACAGGAGGCGCGACAGGCGAAAGGCUACGAUGCACCAUCAUACCUCAAACGGCUAAAAAUGGAUAAGGACUUCCGACAGAAGCUGAUGUUGUUCACACCUUUUGUUGUGAUCUGGUUGGUGGGAUUUAUUGCUGAUCUGGAUGUUGACUCGUGGCUCAUUAAAGGUCUGAUGUAUGCAGCAGUUUGGAUCACAGUGCAGUUUCUCUCUAAAGCGUUCUUUGAUCACUCCAUGCACAGUACUCUUCCUCUGGGUAUUUAUUUGGCCACAAAGUUCUGGAUGUACAUUACAUGGUUCUACUGGUUCUGGAAUGAUCUUCCCUUCAUCUCCACCCACCUGCCCUUUCUGCUCACCAGCCUCGCUCUCUUCUACAACUUUGGCAAAUCUUGGAAAUCUGAUCCAGGCAUUAUUAAAGCCACAGAGGAGCAGAAGAAGAAGACCAUAGUGGAGCUGGCUGAAUCAGGCAGUUUGGACCUCAGCAUUUUCUGCAGCACGUGUUUAAUACGGAAACCCAUCAGGUCCAAACACUGUGCAGUGUGUAACCGCUGCAUCGCCAAGUUUGAUCACCAUUGUCCUUGGGUGGGAAACUGUGUGGGAAGUGGAAAUCACCGCUACUUCAUGGGCUACCUUUUCUUCCUGCUGUGUAUGAUCUGCUGGAUGAUAUACGGCUGCAUCUGCUACUGGAGGCUGCACUGCUCCAGCAGUUACAGCACAGAUGGAUUGUGGGUAUUUAUCACUCAGAUUUCUUCCUGCUCUCCUUGGAUGUUCUGGAUGUUCUUAAACAGUGUGUUCCACUUUAUGUGGGUCUCGGUGCUCAUCAUGUGUCAGCUUUACCAGAUUGCUGGAAUUGGGAUCACCACUAAUGAGCGGAUGAAUGCGAGACGCUACAAACACUUUAAGGUUACAGCGACAUCCAUCGAGAGCCCUUUUAAUCAUGGCUGUGUGAGGAACCUGAUUGAUUUCUUCGAGCUGCGCUGCUGUGGGCUGCUGAGGCCGACGCUUGUCGACUGGACCACCCAGUACACAAUCGACUACGACCAGACGUCCGGCUCGGGCUACCAGCUUGUGUAACACAUGAACACAGUGUGUUAGUGAAGGAGUGUGUGAGGGGGUCAGUGUGUGCAAUGGGAACAACACCUCACUUCUGCUGGGACUGCUUCCAGAGACUACAGGACACACACCGAUGGAACAGUUCAGUUUUACUGCUUAAUUAGUCCAUUUCUGUCUCGGUUCAUUUCAUCAGUGACCUAUUAGUACUUUAUGUUUGGGUGAAUGUGUGUGUGUAUGUGAGAGAUCUUUGUCUAUAUCUCAGUGCCACCUCCAUAUUUUCAUUUGAGUGUAGACAUUAAAGAAAAGCCCAGUGAUUGGCUGUAAGAUAGGAAAGGGCUGAGUCACUCUGCAGCUCACUGAAAGCCACAUGAUCGAGCGGAUCACCCAGAGGAGGUCUGUGUGACUGAUGUUAUUGUCUAUGAUGGACAUAAGUGUGUUAUAAGUGAGGUGCGUUUCUUCAUAAUGUGACCAUAUUUAUUUUAACCCUAUUUAAUAACUGCUGUCUCGUCUGUUUUAUUGUCUGUUUUAAAGGGUAUGUGAUUGUGUAUGUAUGUGUGUGAGUGUGUGUAUGAGUGAGUGAGUGUGUGUGUAUGAGUGAGCGUAUGUGAGUGUAUGACCGAGUGAGUGAGUGUGUACGAGCGACUGAGUGAGUGUGUUCGAGCGACUGAGUGUGUAUGUGUGUGUGUGAGUGACAUUUUCAUGUUCACUGUUUAAAAUCUGUUUUAAAUUCAGUUAUCAUGAGGAACUGUGAUGAGGCUCCGCCCACUCUUUCCUGCACUGAUGCAUUUUGCUCAUCGUUAACUGGUGAUCUUCAGAUAGAGCUGUUGCCUUGGUAACACUCCUCUGUUUCCUGUUUGAUCUCGGACUCUAAUGUAAAAUGUGUAAAUACGGCCGAAUUUCUGUCUGUGAUUUUUUUUUAUUAAUUCUUUUGUUAUUGUCAGUGUUAGUCAAAGCUGCUCCUUCAUUUUUUACCUUAAUGUUUGAAGCCUGUAAUAUACGCUGUGUGUGUGUGUGUGUGUGUGUGUGUGUGUGUGUGUGUGUGUGUGUGUGUGUGUGUGUGUGUGUGUGUGUGUGUGUGUGUGUGUGUGUGUGAGAGAAGGCGUCUUGCUGCAUGAGCGAAGGUCACACAACUCUGUACAGUGAAUGUUCAGUAUUUACACGUCCCUUAUUUUUUGUAAUGGUUUACAUUUCAAACACUGUGUGUGCAUGUUUGAGAGAGAGAGAGAGAGAGAGAGAGAGAGCGUGUGUGUGUGUGUGUGUGUGUGUGUGUGUGUGUGUGUGUGUGUGUGUGUGUGUGUGUGUGUGUGUGUGUGUGUGUGUGUGCAUUGUAUUUGAUGUAUUUAAAUGUUUCAUAUAAAUAAUCAAAUUUUGUUUUGCUAUUUUUUGCUGGACAUUUUUUCCCACUGGUUAUAAAAAAAACCUAGAACAAAAUAUCAGUUACUGUAGAGAGUGAGUGAGUGUGAGUGAGAGUGAGAAUGAGAGUUUGUAAAGGCAAAGUUCCCAUAAUGAAUAUAUUGUCCUUGUCAUUUCCUCCAUUGUGUCUAAAAUCAGCUCAAGCUCUUCAGCAUGACUUCAUUUUACUGGCUUUAAUAAAAAAUAAAUUUAAAUUAAAAUAAAAAA